AUGAUCGUAUAUUCUGAUAAGAUCCUCAUUGGGAGCGAACAUGUUGAAGUCUCACCGUUUGUGUGUGUAUCUAUCGAAGAUUCACAGACUCACGAGCUGCAAGCACCAGCCGCACACCUCGAUCUGGCACCGAUAUCUGAUUGGUUGAAGAAAGAAAGAUGCACGCAACAGGCUCAGUGGUACAAGGGGGAAGAUGGCGAGAGCUUAGAUCUCACCGUCAUUAACUGCGCUGAGCGCACGCUUGUGCCCUUGCUCAAAGAAGAGCUUUACGCAACGUUGAGCUACGUCUGGGGAAGAGCUGUCCAGCCUCCAUUGGAUAACACUAAUGGUAACCGAUUGCCCCGACAUCUACCAGAUACGAUUCAAGACAGUAUCGACGUUUGCAACGUGCUGAGCAUCCGUUACCUAUGGGUUGACAGGUAUUGUAUAUCAGCUGAAAGUAGCCAUCUUCGAAGUCUACAGAUCAGUAGGAUGGACGAAGUAUACCAGAACUCGUUCCUUACAAUUGUGGCAUGUGCAGCUGAUGAUCCUAACUCUGGUUUGCCAGGAAUUUCUAGACGGCGAAAUCCGAACCCUUGUAUCGAAGUUGUUGGACUUGGCUGUAUAGGAGCGCUAUCGCAGUCUAUCGAGAUCCAUGCUGGUAUCUGGGCGACACGUGCGUGGACAUAUCAAGAAGCCCUCCUCUCCCAACGGCAAAUCUACUUCACGGACAAAGAGACAUUCUUUGGGUCAGCUGACGGCAUCCAAGGGGAGAGAGGGGUAAUUAAUAAAAGUAGUUUAGAGCAAUUUCUGCCUGGAUAUUUGCGUACCGGAUAUCCAGUCCCGGAAACUACGAGCACUGCGCGGGACCGGAACCUCAGAAAAUAUUUACUCGGAAGACUGCACAUAUGGGAGUGCAUUUCCAACUACUCCAUGCGGACCCUAUCGUAUCAGGGCGAUAUUCUCAAUGCUUUACUCGGUAUCUUGGCAUACUAUCGGCGGGAAAACGGUGUCUGCCAUCUGUGGGGCAUUCCGUUCUCUACGUUUGUCCUAGCUCCAACGCCAGCGCAGCCCACCCAUCUCGAUUUCGAUCUGGGCCUGCGCUGGAUCGUUAAUGGUCCUUCCUCUCGCCGGGAAGGAUUUCCCAGCUGGUCCUGG